GCGCGCCGAAACCGUUUUGGAACCACUUACCACACGGCGCGUUCCGAAAUCGCAACGUCUCGACCGUGCGUGUUGUGUUAAAAUAAACAAAAAUCAUUCACGUUCGCAAUACUUUUUCCGUUUGUUAUACCCAAUGAUUGAUUCUGUAUUAGUGCGCAUUAUCGACGACAUUGCGUUAGUCAGUUUCCAACUGCUUAUUCGUUGAAAUUCUAUUUCGUGGUCACAGUGAUGCAACACAAUUAAGCCGGCAUCUAAAAUUAUUCGUUAUGGAAGUUGGUGAAAGCAUCCGAAAUUCUUCAAUGAGUUCACAGUGAGCGAAUGUAUUUUAACUAAUAACUAUUUUAUGUACACAUAAAACGUUUUAAAUAUCGACACAUGUAUGUGGGCAGUGUUAGCUUAAACAGCAUUAAAUAUCUAAAAUGCCUGCUUCAAAUAUGGAAAAAAAUAGCGAUUUUAAAAUUUAAUGUUUGGAAUCUGGCGCAUAAACAAAUGUUAACCUAACACUGCCAUUUUUAUUUCUGUCCUAUGAUAAUUAACGAAAUCAAUGCUACAUAAUCCGAACGCUGGUUAUUAUUUUUUUAAUGCUCCUAAUUGGGAAAGGUAAGCGUAAAAUAUUUUAAUUAUCGAUAUGUACCUGGGCACCUAAGUAUUAAUUUACCAUUUCGUAAUGAAAAAAAUGAUUUUAUUAAGACGUCAUUAUAAUUUACUUUAUUUGCGUUCUUACUACUAUUUACAUAAACUUAAACAUUUAAAUGCUAUGAAUAUUUCGAAACAAUUUCGAAAUAUUCAUUGGAUUGUUUCUUAUUUGCAACGCAAAUAAUUGGACGUACAAGCAUCUUUAAAAUCCGUUCAGGUACCUAUUUAUUUUGCCAUUGUUAAAAACACGAGUUUCCAUUCUGUACCCUUCAAUUCUUGUUCAUUUCCAUUUUGUCAGAAUAUUGUCAAAUAUCCUGUUCACAAUUUAUUAGAGCAUAUCAGUGGAAUGCUAGAAUUACCUACGUUUAAAAAAAAAAUUCAAUUUUGUUAGAGUUUACUAUCCAUCAUUAUUAUGUUCUUCUCUACAUACUAUAUAUGAUUUUUGUUAUAUCUCUGAUAUUCACAUCAUACAAUAUAUAUUUAGUACCCACAACAAAUAUUUUAUUGUAUACACCUUUAAUACAGUGUCGGCCUGGCACAUCAAAGGCCCCUGCAUUUGGGAGAUCCAUAGAUGAAAAAUAAAAAAACCAUGUACAUCAAUGCGAUAUUAGAUUCAAAGUUGAUAUAAUAUUUCAAAAAAAAAAAAAAAAAACACAGACUUUACAGAGACCGAUAUGUAUACUAAAGUAUAUAUUAUGCUAUAUUCACAAAACUAAUUUUCAGCGACAUUUCAGUUUUCAAUAAUUUAUUGUUGUAUAAUAAUUUACUUGCUCACACAAUUAUUAUAAUAAAUUGAUAAUUUUUUACUAUAUUUUUAUUAUUUGACUGUAGUCUGAAAUAGUUAACCAAAGUCUAAACAAUAAUUAAGUAUAUUUAUAUUUGUGUAUUUAAUCACUGUACAAUAAACAGUAAGUAGUUAAAUGAAAGUAUUUUAUAAAUCUUGGGUCUUGAGGUACCCUCAGACACAAAUACAACUGGGAGUCCCAGCCGCGUUCACAGCCUACUGACUAUAGUCAAGCCGAAACUGCUCUAAUGUUUUGUUAUUAGGUAAUAACUAAUUGUUAUGAUUUUAAUACUUUUCAGAUUCACUAGUAACUUGAAAGAAGAAAUAAAACAUCCAAAUACCAAAACAAUUGAAAUAAAAAAAGAAUACGAUUUAAUAGACGGUUAUGAGUUUCAAAGUGUAAUUACUAUUGAAAAUGAUCCUAUAGAAUCAAUAUUAUAUCAAAAACCAAAACUUAGAAAAAAUAAAUAUACAUGCCAUAAUUGUGGUAAUUCAUUUUUUUCAAAAUCAAUGUUAAAAUGCCAUAUGGGAGAGCAUAUUGGAAGAAAAAUUGACAAUGAAAAUUGCCCUCUACAGUGAGCAUUUUUAAAUUCUUUCUUCAUAGAUUUUAAUUAUUAAUAAAAGAGAUAAAAAUAAUUUAAUCUUAAUUGUUGUCAUUCCAUGUUGUACAUGUUUUACUAUAUAAUUCUAACUAUCGUAGCUAAUAUCACUAUAUAAUUGAUAAUCAAAAUUAAAAAAAAAAAAACUUAUUUAAUUAGCUAGAUUUUUACCUAAUUAUUCUUUAUAUGAUAUGAUUAUUGAUUUAUAAGCUGUCCCAUAAAUAAGGUAUCCAAAUAUAUUGAAUUUUGAAAAUUAAUUUAUUAUUUUAAAAUGUUAACACGAUAAUUCAUAAAAAUACAUGGUAACAUGUGUUACACACUCUUACAAACCUUAUGAAAAUUUGAUUUCUCAUGGACAAUAUGAUACACAUUAGUAUUUUUGAAAAUCAAAUUGUAUGGCAAGUUCCUGAAUUUUGAAUUGUCUGUCCAAUCAUAGCAGUUGUUUGAUCACAUCAAUGAUUUCAGCAGUGAACAUUCUUAUUAGUCAACCACUUCUUACCUGAUUUCCAAAAGAUACAAUUUUUAAUGUAUGGGCCAUAAACUUUGAUUAAUUGUUGAUUUCAGUUGAACAGACAUUUUUAAAAUCAAAAUUUUAUUGAUGGUGCGUGCUUUUUCUUUUGUGGAAUUUAUGUAUUAAUUUUGUUUGUUUAUUAUAACGUAGUUGACAGUAAAACACUAAAGUAUAAUAAGCAUAACAUAGAGAGCACAAAAUUAAUUACAUAACUUAUCUAUGUAGGGAGUUUCCCGCUGAUGUGGUACAUUGUUUAUGCUAAACAGAACUUUGUACCUUCUUAUCGGACGGCCUGUGUAUGUGUAUACUUCUGAUAUGAAUAAAUGUUAGAUAAUCAAUUUAAAUUAUGAUUUUUAAACUUUUCAGAGAGAAACAAUUUAAAUGUGAGGUAUGUAAAAAACCAUUUACACUGAGAUCAAAUUUGUUAAAACACACAAAAUGUCACACUAAAGAGAAACCAUUUAAAUGUGAGAUAUGUGCAAAAUCAUUUAGACAGAAAUCACAUUUCUCAGAACACACAAGGAUUCAUACCGGAGUGAAACCAUUUAAAUGUGAUGUUUGUAAAAAAUCAUGUACUAAAUUGUCUAAUUUAAAGAAACAUAAGUUAAUUCAUAUAGAAGAAAAGCUUUACAAAUGUGAGAUUUGUAAAAAAUCAUUUAGAGUGAAAUCAAAUUUGUCAGACCACACAAGGAUUCAUACUGGAGAGAAACCGUUUAAAUGUGAGGUAUGUGCGAAAUCAUUUAGACAGAAAUCACAUUUGUCAGACCACACAAGGAUUCAUACCGGAGAAAAACCAUUUAAAUGUGAGGUAUGUAUGAAAUCAUUUAGAUUUAAAUCAAAUUUGUUGGUUCAUACAAGGAUUCAUACUGGAGAGAAAGUUUUAAAUGGGAUGUUUGUGAAAUAUCAUUAAACAAAAAACUUUGUUGACUAUACAUGUAAGAAUACAUCCUAGACAGAAACCCUGGGGAUGUAACAUUUAAAAAAAAAUAAUAUACAUUGAAGCAAAAUUAAACUACUAUUGUAAAUAAUCCUAGGUGCGGUGGAAUAACUAAAUAUCAAUUCGUUUACUCUCAAUUUGUAAAAAUUUUAGAAUAAUAGUAACAUUGGAAACAUUAUUUAACAUAGAAUUUGUAAAGGUGUAUACUUAAGGACAUAAUAAUAUAAGUUAACAGUUAGAGAUAUUUCACUAAUAUUAUUAAUACUUAUCAAAGAAAUUUUGUAAAACAUAAGAAUA